AGAACUGAAGUCCAUCUCUCUCUACAGCACCUGGCAGGGAGUCAAGAAUCAGCAGCAAGGGAACGAAUGGGCAGAGCAGAACUUGUAGGAGGGAACAUGAGUACCCAGGAUCCCUCGGAGCUAUGGGAGCGAUCAGAUGGAGGAGAAGAGCUGCUCCAGGACUUGGGGUGGUAUCAUGGCAACCUCUCAAGGCAUGCGGCUGAGGCUCUUCUCCUCUCCAAUGGUCGUGAUGGUAGCUACCUGCUAAGGGACAGCAAUGAGCAGACUGGACUCUAUUCGCUCUCCGUGAGAGCCAAAGACUCUGUCAAACACUUUCAUGUUGAAUACACUGGGUACUCAUUUAAAUUUGGCUUCAAUGAAUAUUCAACUUUAAAGGAUUUUGUCAAGCAUUUUGCAAAUCAGCCUUUGAUCGGAAGUGAGACAGGGACUCUGAUUGUUUUGAAACAUCCCUAUCCAAGAAAAGUAGAAGAGCCUUCCAUCUAUGAAUCAGUCCGGGUCCACACAGCAAUGCAGACAGGAAGAACAGAAAAUGACCUCGUGCCCACUGCGCCUUCUCUUGGCACCAAAGAAGGCUACCUCACCAAGCAGGGCGGCCUGGUAAAGACCUGGAAAACAAGAUGGUUCACUUUGCAAAGGAACGAACUGAAAUAUUUCAAAGACCAGAUGUCACCGGAACCAAUUCGCAUUCUGGACCUGACAGAGUGCUCUGCUGUCCAGUUUGAUUACUCACAGGAAAGAGUGAACUGUUUCUGCUUAGUGUUUCCAUUCAGGACAUUUUACCUCUGUGCAAAGACAGGAGUUGAGGCUGAUGAAUGGAUCAAAAUACUUCGAUGGAAGUUGUCAAAAAUAAGAAAACAGCUGGACCAAGGAGAGGACACUGUCCGACCGCAGUCGUUCAUCUUCAAAUAGAACUUUCUUGGCUCAGGGGCAAGGUGGAAUGUUCCAGGUGCUCUGAUCUGUGGCAAGCUUCAGAGGAAAGGUCAUUAAGGGAUUUCCUCUGAAAACAAACACAAAGUAGACUGUGGUCGGGAGCUCUACUUUGUUUGCUGAUUCAUGGAAAACAGCUGGUGGGACCUGCCAUCUGCUCAAGAACAGGGAAGCAGCACCCGUUGAUGGGAACUGCCUAACUCCCACUUCCAGGUGGAGUCCCUCUCAGAAAGAACACAGUGCAAGAAGAGCUUGUUGGUGCUCACAGUGGCUUACGCUCGUUGACUUUGGUUGCCUGGCGUCCUGCCCCAAAUCACCGGCCAGCACAACUAAGCUUCAGAUGUGUAAGGAAACAGCAGUAUGUCGGGGCUCAGGCUGCUCCUCUAGGAAGCAAAUUAACAUAAUAAACACCAAAGACUUUCAAAGGAGGGGCUGCCUGUUUUGUUUAUAUACAAAACCUCACAUAGGGCUGGAGAGGUGGCUCGGCCAUGAAAAGUGCAUCGCUCUUUGCAGAGAACCUGAGUUCAAUUUCCAGGACCAGCACCAGGUGGCUCACAAACACCUCUAACUCCAGUUUCAGAGGCCUCACACGCCGCUGACCUCCUUGGGCGCACCUGCACUUAGGCACACACGCUCACUCGCACAUAUGCACAUAAUGCAAAAAUAAUAAUAAUUUAAAAGAGUUUCCAGCCCAGUGGUCGUGACCCACGCCUUUAAUCCCAGCACUGGGGAAGCAGAGACAGGAGGAUCUCUGAGUUGGAGGCCAACCUAGUUUAUCGAGUGAGUUCGAGGACAGGCUCCAUAGCUACUGAGAAACCCUGUCUCAAAAAAACCAAACAACAGCAACAACAACAAAAAAGUUUCCAAAAUUAAAAUGCAAAAAAGUUCAUCAUAUUUAUUUUAUUUUUCCUUUGAAAAGGUUUAGAAAUCAGGCUGGUGAGGUGGUUCAUUAAGCCAUCUUAGCAUUUGCCAUGCCACAGUUGACAACCUGAGUGGGAUUCCCCAAAACUCACACAAAAGGUGGAAGGAGAGAACCAGCUUCUCAAAGUUCUUCUCUGACCUCAACAUGUAUGUCAGCAUCACACACACACACACACACACACACACACACACACACACACACACACACACACACUAAUCAAUUUUAAAAGCUUAGAAAUCCAUUGGAUCCUUUACUGCUAAUGCUAAACUGUGAGAACUAGAUAGGAAAGAGUAAAUUAUGUGUCAUAAGCGGUGAGAAUGUUUUAAACAGCAAGAAAACGCACUUUGAGGGAGGGUGAUAAGCUGUGGGUGACUUUUAGUUCACUGGUUAUCAUUACAAAUGUAAUACACUUGUAAGCACUAAGAUAUCUUUAGCAGCCAUUUCUUCAAAUUGAUCGAGACUUUUCCAUAAAGGCUGCCUCUGUAUCUUUCCAGGAUCUGUAAGAGAGCAGCCCUGGGAAGCACCCUGAGAUUAUCUGUGAAGUGGCUGUUGCAAACUAGAGAAUGAGAAUUGAAUUGGAAGGAAGUACUGGUAUUCGGGGGUCAUGGGUAGAUUUUAACUCCUAUUAUCAUGGUUGAUGUGGCUUUUAACAACAGAAGUUAGAAGGGCGUGGGGGACAAGCCAGCAAGUGAUACAGAGCUGAUGGACCUCUGUGCUUGCAGUGCUCAAGCACCUUCGUCAAUGUGACAAAGAUCAUGUGUGAACAGCUUACAGGAAUAAUUGACUUUACUUCAUGGUUCUAGAGGUUUCAGCUUACCACAGUUCGGGUGUGGGAUAGCUGCUCAUAUCAUAGCAGGCAGGAAGCAUAGCAAGGCAGUAACAGGAAAGAGAGCAGGCAAGACAGAGACCCCGGGAACCGUUCUGAGCGGCGUACUUCCAGCCAGGGCCCAUCUUCCACAUUCUGCCAUGUCUUAGUAGUCUGUUCAAAUUCUGAUCCAUUUGGAUGAAAUGAAUGGACCACAGUGCCCACAAGGUGUUUCCUGGUAUUUCUCAAGUUGGCAUUGAGAUUCAUUCAUAGUGCCUUGUUAAAUAUUUUUCCCUGUUGUUUAAACAGCUAAGACUCAGAAAUGGUUUUUCCAGGAGGGUUUUUGGAGUUGGGUUGUGGAUCACUGGGUAGAAUACUUACCUGUCUGACCAAAAGGGGGUCAUUCAAUUUAUUAUGUUUAUUUUAUAUGGAAUAAACUGAGGUCAACAUAAAACGUAUUUGUCAAGUUUGCAAAAUAAGGAGUAACAAUGCCCCCCUUUGAGUUGUAUGGCUUUGUUUCCUUAGAAACAGCCUUUCUUCAUGUGUUAAAUAUUCUUUUUGCCUUCUGUAAAAUAUGUUUAUUUAUAUCCUUUGGUUCUGUUUAUUAAAUAAAAAAGUGCAUGAUUUUGUUGUAUAUGUCCAAUUUUGAUGCUAUAACAUUUUCAUUGUUUUGAAGUAGAAUAGGGUAGAAAAGACCAAUUAAUAGAUACUGAUACAUUAGUGAUUAUUUAAAGCAGUUUGCACGGCCUUCUUGCCAAGCAUGACUUCACUUGCUACCUGGAACAGAGUGACCUGGGGAA